AUGAGCAUUCGGACACCCGAUGAUGAUUUCUAUAUGGACACCGGAGCAACCUCACACAUCACCUCGGAUCCAGGUACAUUACAAAAAGUUUUUAAUUCUAGUAAUGUUCGUUCUAUCUUGGUGGGAAAUGGAAAUAGCAUUCCGGACUUGAGUUCGAGGAAGACUAUUCUCCGAUGUGAUAGUUCUGGGGAGCUCUAUCCCAUCACCACCUCCGCCGUGCAAUCCUCUUUUUCGCCACCACCUCACCAAUAUUCACUUGCCGUAUGCUCACCUACCGUUUGGCAUAGUCGCCUCGGCCACCCUGGCAAAGCUGUCCUCGAUGCUUUACGCACAAAAUCUUUUAUUCAAUGCUCUUCCCAUACUCACAACCCACAAACCUAUCCUCUCUAUUCAUUUCUAGAUUCCUCCACCUAUCCAUCACCUGUGCCUUCAAAUUCUGUUGAGCCUGUACCCACGCUCACUUCCGCUCCACCUCCUGAACAAGGCCCAUCUCCUUCGCCCUUGUACACUCCUCCACACCGCAGGCUAGCUUAUCCCUCUCAGCCCAUUUCUACUCAACCCACUUCCACUCAGCCCACUUCUACUCAGCCUAUUUCCACUCAACCCACUUCUCCUCUGCCCAUUUCUAUUUAG